UUAAGCAAAACAAACGGGCCGCCUUCUAUGAAGCGAGCAUUCCAAUUUACAGAAACAAGCAAAGAGAAGCGAAAAAAUAUUUGAAAAAAAAGAAAAAAAGAAUCUUUCCAAUCAAUGGCGUUCUCUGCAACCAUAACAACUCCUUCUCUUCUUCGCUUGUCUAAUAGAAACAGCGCAUCAUCCUUUUCACCUCUAAACUCUGUUUCUUUCCGAUCCUCAAGAUUAAAUCUUAACCGUACAUCGCUCCUCUCCGUUCGGUCAUCGGUUUCUCCUCCUGUUGGUGCAGCGGCAGCGCCGGCGAGUGAGGGAAUUGCGCCGGCGAUUUCAGUGACGGAGAAUGCGUUGAAUCAUUUGAAUAAGAUGAGGAAAGAUCGAGAUGAAGAUUUGUGCUUGAGAAUUGGAGUUAAACAAGGAGGUUGCUCUGGCAUGUCUUAUACUAUGGAAUUUGAGAAUAGGUCUAAUGCUAGACCAGAUGAUUCUGUUAUUGAGUACAAUGGUUUUGUUAUUGUUUGUGAUCCAAAGAGCCUCCUCUUCGUAUUUGGGAUGCAAUUGGAUUAUAGUGAUGCCUUAAUUGGUGGAGGUUUCUCUUUUAAGAACCCAAAUGCUACACAAACAUGUGGCUGCGGUAAAUCCUUUGCUGCAGAGAUGUGAAAUCAUGUAUACAGAACCACUUAAGGAUAGAAUAUGUGCUAAAAAACAUAACUUUUUAAAAUUGUAUAUCAACAUUCUGGUUGAUUGUUUUUCUGCUAGUAUACACAGAAUUCGUCCAUAGUUUCUGGACUCUUUAUCCUCA